AUGGUUUUUACAGAACGACAACGUUAUACUGUCGGCAUCAUAGUAUUACUUUGUGUGGUACUGAUUUGGGUCGGUUCUUCGUUUUUAAUGAACAAUAUGUUUGGAGAACAAGAUUAUAAUAAACCAUUCGCCAUUACAUAUGUAAAUACAGCUUCCUUUACAUUUUAUUUAUUAUACUUUCUUUGUAAUAAGAAGCGUCCUAUAGAUAAACAAAGAAUAAUUGAAUUUAACAACGCGUUGUAUGAUGCUAUAUCACGUUCUUCAUUUGAUUCAACAAGUGAAGCUUCAUCGAAUUCAAAUGAUGGUAUGAAUGAUUUCCAAGAAAAUAUUACAUUACAACCCGAGGAUCACUCUAUGUACUCAUCAUCUCUUGAAUUAGGGUUAAUUAAUGACAAUAAUUCUUCUUUUAUCCGAUCACAUCAUGAAACAUCAGAUAAUCAUCCUCAUAUCGACCCUCAUGAUGUACUUUCGUCCAUGCGCGAUGAUGAAAAACUGUCAACUCGACAGAUUGCCAAGUUAGGAUUUACCUUUUGUAUGUUAUGGUUUGCAGCCAAUUGGAGUACCAAUGCAUCCCUUGCGUAUACAUCUGUCGCAAGUAGCACAAUUUUAUCUUCAACUUCAGGUUUUUUCACUUUAGUUAUUGGAUCUUUGGUUAGAGUUGAAAAGUUUUCAUUCCUUAAAUUUGUAGCAGUUGUAAUAAGCUUCGUUGGUGUUUACUUGAUCUCAAAUGAAGAUACAUUCGAUAAACCUAAUGAUAGUCUACAUACUUCUACUAAUUCAUUGUUUGGUGACUUUCUUGCUCUAAUUGGAGCUUUCUUUUAUGGAUGUUACACUAUUUUAUUGAAAUUACGUAUUCAAAACGAAUCUCAUGUUAAUAUGCCUUUGUUCUUUGGAUUUGUUGGGAUUUUCAAUGUGAUUUUGCUAUGGCCAUUAUUUUGGUUGUUGCAUUUUACUGGGUUAGAGCAAUUUCAACUUCCACCAAAUAAUACCAUAUGGAUAAUGGUUGCAAUAAAUGCAUUGAUAGGGACUUUCUUAUCUGACUAUCUCUGGCUUAUUGCCGUUUUGAUGACGUCGCCGCUAAUUGUUACGCUUGGGUUGAGUUUGACGAUACCUUUGGCAUUGCUUGGUGAUAUAUUUUUCAAAGGACUUUUCAUGAGCACAGGGUAUUGUUUUGGAGUUAUUAUGGUGACUAGUGGAUUUAUUGGUGUAAAUUUUUUGGAGAUUAAAGAAAAAUCUAAUGAUCGAAAGCCCGAGAUAUAUUUAGAUAAUGAAGGAAAUUCUGUUCGUAUUUUAUCGUAA